AUGGCCUAUCAAGGAGGCGGAGGCUACGAUGAGGGCCACAUGCACGGCCUGCCGCAGGGCAACGUACGUACACUGGCGGAUUUGGUAUGAAACAAACAUUUGGACCGGCCUGCUGACUAGCCUCCAGCAAACCUACCAUCAACCACCAGCACAUGACAGCGACGACGAGCAGGAGCGUUCACUGCUGCACAACCCACACGCCGGCCCCUUCCAAGGCCCAUUUGACGAGCCCAACAGCCGCGCAGGCACUCCAGGCGGCCACGAUCCGAAGGGAUAUACUCUGGAAGAAUCCUAUAUGGGUGCAGGGGGCCCUCAUGCCCCGCCCUACAAUGGCUAUCAAGAGUACAGCGGCGUGACACUCGAAGACCCGGGCUAUGCGCCACCAGAUCGCGUCGCGAGCCCAUACUCCCACAGCGAGACCGGUAGCACCGAGGCAUGGAGGCAGCGACAGCAGCCUGGUGGUGCAACUGGCGCCAUGAAGCGCAGCGCGACCCGUAAAGUCAAGCUUGUCCAGGGUGCAGUCUUGAGCGCAGACUACCCCGUCCCAUCAGCCAUUCAGAAUGCCGUUCAGGCCAAGUACAGAAACGACCUGGAGAGCGGCAGCGAGGAAUUCACUCACUUGAGAUAUACAGCAGCCACCUGCGACCCGAACGACUUCACGCUGAAGAACGGAUACAAUCUCCGACCCGCCAUGUACAACAGACACACUGAGCUCCUGAUCGCCAUUACCUACUACAACGAGGACAAGACUCUGACCGCUCGAACCCUGCACGGUGUCAUGCAGAACAUUCGCGAAAUCGUGAAUCUCAAGAAGUCGGAGUUCUGGAACAAGGGAGGUCCGGCGUGGCAGAAGAUUGUGGUAUGCAUGGUCUUCGACGGUAUUGACCCUUGCGACAAGGGUACGCUCGAUGUGCUGGCCACCGUUGGCAUCUACCAAGACGGUAUCAUGAAGAAGGACAUUGACGGAAAAGAGACCGUCGCGCACAUCUUCGAGUACACCACACAGCUGUCGGUCACCUCGAAUCAGCAGCUGAUCAGGCCGCUCGACGAUGGCCCUUCGACUCUGCCACCAGUGCAAAUGAUGUUCUGCUUGAAGCAGAAGAACAGCAAGAAGAUCAACUCUCACCGAUGGCUGUUCACGGCGUUCGGUCGUAUCCUGAACCCCGAAGUCUGCAUUCUGCUGGAUGCCGGUACCAAGCCUGGCCACAAGGCCCUGCUCGCGCUCUGGGAGGCCUUCUACAACGACAAGGAUCUCGGAGGUGCUUGCGGUGAGAUUCACGCGCUUCUCGGAAAGGGCUGGAAGAAUCUGCUCAAUCCGCUCGUGGCCAUUCAGAACUUUGAGUACAAGAUCUCCAACAUUCUAGACAAACCCCUGGAAUCAGCCUUUGGAUACGUGUCGGUGCUUCCCGGUGCUUUCUCAGCCUACCGAUUCCGAGCCAUCAUGGGCCGACCGCUCGAGCAAUACUUCCAUGGUGACCACACGCUUAGCAAGCAGCUUGGUCCGAAGGGUAUUGAGGGCAUGAACAUCUUCAAAAAGAACAUGUUCUUGGCCGAGGAUCGUAUUCUGUGUUUCGAACUGGUCGCAAAGGCUGGCAGCAAAUGGCAUCUGACCUACGUCAAAUCGUCAAAGGGUGAAACCGAUGUGCCUGAAGGUGCUGCCGAAUUCAUUGGACAGCGUCGACGAUGGCUGAACGGAUCUUUCGCCGCCACACUCUAUUCUCUCAUGCAUUUCGGCCGCAUGUACCGCUCUGGACACAAUCUCAUCCGCAUGUUCUUCUUGCACAUCCAGCUUAUCUACAACAUUGCCACUGUUACUCUCUCCUGGUUCUCUCUGGGUAAGCUUCACUCACCUCCUUUCUUAGCUUUGCUUUGCUGACCAAUUCUAGCUUCCUACUAUCUUACCACUGCCGUCAUCAUGGACCUGGUCGGCACACCCAGUAACAGCAACGGCAACAAGGGUUUCCCCUUCGGCAACACCGUCACACCAAUCUUGAACACGGUCGUGAAAUACGUCUACCUGGCCUUCCUCCUCCUGCAAUUCAUCCUGGCUCUUGGUAAUCGUCCAAAGGGUAGCAGAUGGUCGUACAUUGUGUCAUUCGCCGUGUAUGCGCUCAUCCAGUUCUACAUCAUCGUCGACUCCUUCUACCUGGUCGUUCACGCCUUCACGAGCGGUGCACCGAUCCAAGUCGACAAGGGCGGAGAUACGUUCCUCAAAUCACUAUUCAAUCCUGGUGGAGCUGGUAUUGUUCUCAUCGCGCUCGCGGCAACAUUCGGUCUCUACUUCGUGGCUUCCUUCCUCUACAUGGAUCCAUGGCACAUGUUCACAUCGUUUUUCCAGUACCUGCUCAUGAUGACAAGCUACAUCAACAUCCUCAUGGUCUACGCUUUCAGCAACUGGCACGAUGUUUCCUGGGGAACCAAGGGUUCAGACAAGGCCGACGCUCUGCCUUCCGCGACUACGCAACCGGGCGCAGACGGAAAGGCCACGGUCAUUGAGGAAGUCGAUCUCCCGCAGGCAGACAUCGACAGCCAGUUCGAGCAGACUGUCAAGCGUGCCCUUACGCCCUACGUCGCCCCUAAGGAGGAGACGAAGAAGUCGCUUGAGGACUCGUACAAGUCUUUCCGUACCCGACUGGUCACUUUCUGGAUCUUCUCGAACGCCUUGCUUGCUGUUGCCAUCACUUCUGACAACUUUGACAAAUUCGGCUUCGCGACCGGCGCGACGACGAGAACGGCCAACUUCUUCCGAGCGUUGCUUUAUGCCACGGCGGCGUUGUCGUUGUUCCGCUUCAUAGGAUGCAUGUACUUCUUGAUUAAGAUCGGAGCGCUCGCAUGCUGCAAGAGACGGUAG